UUAAGAACAGUCGGAUGGCCUAUGAUCGGACAGUACGGACUGUUGACACUAGCCAGUAACUUUACACACAGCCACUCCUCGCUGACUGGAAAACACGGAUUGUUUGUAAAUUAACAGAAGGCGGAGGCCUCUUGUAGAUUCUGGAGCUAACCUGUCCUAGGGUAAAGUUGUGGCAGAGAUUGUUGUGGGAUGGAAGGGGUGGCAAAAAGUGCCUCCCCGGGUCUAAGUCACAGCCCCGGCUCCGUCUACAGUGAGGACUCUAUCAGCGAUACUACCCCCAACAACCGACGAGCCAUGUCACCUAACCUAAGACGGGGGGACGGGAUGUGGUGCUCAGAGUCGGACACGGAAUCCCCAACCGGUGGCGCCCGAUCACCGUCAAGGUCCCCGGCCCCUGCCCACCCACGGCACCCCGUCCCUCGUGCACCUAAACGAGAGAGACUUGAGGGUCCUCAACCGGCCCACCAGCAACCCCCUUCAUCUUGCCUGUCCCGCCAAAACGGCACACACUCUGGACCCAUCCAACACGCCCACGGUCAACCUGCACGCAUCAACACGACGGCUUUCUCUGUCCUCGAUAUCUUAGAUCCUGCAAAGUUUACGGGAUCAGGGACAACGACGAAGAAAAAGGUGUGGCAUCCGUGGCUUGAUGAGAACUCGAUGAUAAGCAACGAUGAAAAACUGGAAGAGGACAUUCACACAGAUGGAAAGAGUGACAGCGAUGACAUGGAAAGCGACGAUGAUCCUGAGCGAGAAAAGUUAGGUUUAGAUGGUUUGAAGAGUGAUGAUGAUGACGACAAUGAAAAUGGCAGCGAAAGGAAGAAACACAAGUCCGGGGACUCAAACAAAUCGGGCAAGCCCCGCAGAGCAAGGACAGCUUUUACAUAUGAACAGCUGGUGGCGCUGGAAAAUAAGUUCAAAACCACUCGGUAUUUAUCUGUAUGUGAAAGACUGAAUUUAGCGCUGUCCUUAAAUCUUACAGAGACUCAGGUUAAAAUCUGGUUCCAGAAUCGACGGACGAAGUGGAAAAAACAGAACCCAGGCAUGGAUGUGAACAGUCCAACCAUUCCGCCAUCAAACAGUGGACUACCGGGCUACUCCUCGCCUUAUUCCUCAAAUCUUCUGUAUAGCCAGGGUCUUCAUCCUUAUUUACAAAAUCCCAGCUUAUUCGGGCCGUUGGGUCUGUUCCGUACAGCGAGCCCAUACAAUGGACAACCAUAUCAUUUAUACCACCCUUACUUCAGCCAAACCACGUAGCCUCGAUAGAGGCGUCAUAGAGUGCCAUGUAAAACUGUCUCGCCUCGGGAGUUCAAGCACGGGACUGAAAAAUAAUAUUCGGCCGGGAGAAUAGAAAACAUCAUGUGCCAGAGAAACGGAAAUCCAAGUGUUCAGUCAAUUGUAUUAAUAUCGCGGCACGGGAAAUAUGUCGGGGAAGCAGGAUUUCACCGAGACAUUUGUGGUGUUGAAAGUAUUACAUAACUGUGUGAAUGAGUCUGUUAAUAAUUUAUCAGAGUGUAUG